CAUGGUGUUGGAGUCACAUCAGCAACAUCAGCAGCAAUGGACAAAGUGGGAUCUUUAUUUGCAUAUAAAACAGCCAAAUAUGUGGUGGCAAAGAAUAAAACAAUCGGUAUUUUAUACAGACUGUUUCAACUCAUUGUCCUCGGAUAUCUAAUUGGGUGGGUGUUCCUGAAAAACAAAAAAUACCAAAUAACAGAUGAAAUCAUUCAGAGCUCAGUGAAAACAAAAGUUAAAGGAUAUGCGACCAUCACAACAUCAGAUGGUAAGGAAGAGGUCUGGGGGCCGGAGGACUAUGUCAUUCCACAACAGGGGGACAAUGUUUUCUUUGUAACAACCAAUUUGGUAGAUACCCCAAACCAAACGUUAGGCUACUGUCCAGAGAGUCCAUCCGCAAUUGGUUUUAAUUGCACAGAAGAUGCAGACUGCAAACAGAGCAAGUUUUUUGGAAACGGGAAAAAAACUGGCAUAUGUUUGAACAUCACAAACAGUAAUUUUACUGGCAUUUGUGAAAUAUAUGGUUGGUGUCCACCUAAAACAAAAGACCGGCCAAAGACGCCAGUGCUGAGUGAAGCUGAAAACUUCAUCUUGCAAAUAAGGAACAACAUUAGAUUUCCCAAGUUUAACUUCACAGGUUCAAAUUUCAAAGGGAAAUCAAUUAAACAGUUAAACACUUGCUUCUAUGAUGAGAUCAAAGAACCACACUGUCCUGUAUUUCGCCUGGGAGAUAUUGUACAGAAAGCUGGGUACAGCUUUCAGGAGAUGGCUGUUUAUGGUGGCUCAAUUGGAAUUAUGGUUGAAUGGCAGUGUGAUCUUGAUAAAGGAUGGGAUUGCAAUCCUCAGUACAGCUUUGCGCGUCUGGGCAACUCGCCCACACACGAAUUUAAAUUCAGAUAUGUUCGCUAUUUCACAGAUGCUAAUGGAGGGAAAUACAGAACACAUUAUAGUGUGUCUGGAAUUCAUUUUGACGUCAUGGUUUUCGGAAUGGCAGGAAUGUUUGGUAUUAUUCCUACCAUUGUCAACUUAGGCUCAGGUUUCGCUUUUAUGGGUGCUGGUGCUUAUAUCUGUGACAUAAUACUACUGUACAUGAUGAAGAAACGCACUCUUUAUAGAGUGUUGAAAUUUGAGACCGUGAAAAAGUAUGGAAGAAUGACAAGAACAUAGAGAAAAUUGUAUAAAAUAUGUCAGCCUGAUCUCAUGAGAAUUUGUACCUAUUUUACAAAUUGGCUAAUUCAUAUGAAUUUGUAAGUUAAUCGUGCAAAAACGUAUGAUCAUCAUUAAAAAAAACUAUAGCAAAACUCCACCCCAUGACCCAACGUCAAAGGAGUAAAGCCAAAUCAUACAAAAUGUCUGGUCGUAAGAAUUAGUACAAAUUGCCACCUCAUAAAUACAUAUGAAUUGCCAUGAGAUACGUGUUCAUAUUUAUUAAUGAUAAUUAAAGUGGUUAAAUAUUUAUUUAAAGGAGACAUAUCAUGCUAAAUCCACUUUCUUAGCUCUUAAAUGCAUUUUGUUGUAUAUUUGUAGUGUUUAGAAGUACAUAAAAGUUGAAAUUAGUCUCUUCAGGUGCUUUGUUGAUAUCUUUAUAUUCUGUUUUGGUCAUAUUUUCCAACCUGUUCUGAUUUUUCUAUUAUCUAUUACGUUUUUUGAACAAUUACGUCACAGCAUUUGCAGCAGAACUGCCAAAUAAGGACAUCGACUCCAAGCCCAACACUAUGAGCAAUCCGCCAUUUUCAAUUUCUCGCUGCGAUAUUGUAGUCCAAGCUCAAGGAUGCAGAAGUAACGAAAGAGUAAAUCAAAAUGUUCGGUUGUUGAACCUGUGCCUGGUUGAGUUUUAUUUUUCACGGAAAUCUCAUUUUUUAGUGCGCGAAGCACUUCAAGGAUAACUAUUUCACCAACCUCCGCCAGUAUAAAGAAGGAUUUGCCGAUAGACUUCGUCUGAUUGAGGGGUCAAUUACUUCUAUCUUUGGAGACGACGAGCAGAGCACUUCGGUAAGCUGUAAAUAACUUUAAAAACAGUAAAGUACACGGUGGUCAUGGUUUAGCAGUGCUGUUUCUCAAUCCGAAGUCUGCAGCCUGUGGAUGUCGCAUGUGGUCAUCAACCCGGGAUUAAGUUAUAGCAUAUUACAACAACUUACAAUUAACUAAGAAUAAUAGUCAACUUUAUAAUUGAUAAUAUUCUGAAAUAAGACAGCCGGCAUUAACACACCAUUGCGAUACCUCCAUAUGAAAACGUUGUUCUGCAGGUUCGUCGUCUUCAUUUUCAUCUCGCUCCAUUUCCGACUCUGGCGCGAACAUAUAAGGCUGGAUUGACAAGUCUUCCGUUGUUGACAUUUUGUGAAUAACGAGUAAAUAAAAAGUUUCUGUGCAGCUAGAUAAUCGUAUCUCUGCUAUAAAACUACAAAAAUGGCCGAACGGGGUGGAGUUUAACCGAGUGUCACCUCUGCAACCUGGAGAGGGGGCAGGGUAUGACGUGCAUUUAAAAAGACAGUACCAAAACGAGUUGCUCUCAGCUGCACAUCAGAAAAGGGGUAGAAAGGGGGCCUGUGGGGCUAUAAUAAUGAGGAAUUCAGACCCAAGCAUUGCAGUUUCGCUUUAUAUAGACCACAAAUAGAUGAUUUAUAUGUAAAAAGGACAGAUUUAAAAGCAUGAUAUGUCUGCUUUAAAAAACUGCAUGUAACUGUUGACUGUAUGCAUGCUAAGUAUAAGGAAUUACAAUGUGUACCUAGUAAAGUACUUUUGAAAUAGUCAGAAAAAUAAACAUUAGUCCAAAAAACUACUUUUGUCUACUUUACAUGAAGACCAGUAAAAGUAAAAUCACCACGUCAUUUUGAUUAUAAACAUUUACAUUUCAUUGCCCAUUUUACUAUACUUUAAACUUAUGAACAUGCCUAUGUUGAAUCAAAAUCUAAUCAAAAACAUGUGUCAUAUAUUAGAUAAUGUCAUUUUAUUUUUACUAAAUGAUGUCAUUUCACUACAUAUCCAUCAGCUGUUUUUCCAUGAUAAAUUCAAUGAAACAAUUCAAAAUGGAUGUUUUUCAUAUUAGCAGUUCACAAUCAAUUGGCAUAUAUUUGAAUGUAUUGUUUUGUAUUGUAUUGUAUUUACGUUGAUCUAAAAAAUAAUGUUUAAGAG